AUGCCGAGCGCAAAGGAGAUCGAUCCACGCCACAGUUAUGCUGAGGAGAAGUUUGACAACCUCCUCAAGUACACCACCUAUAUGAAUGCCAGGAUAAAGGAGCCACAUAAUCCAACCGAGCGACGCGAAAUUCUAGAAACUUCUCAGAAGAAGCUCUUCAGCUUCAUAGACACCCAUUUGAAGGAUCUGAAGAGGUUACUCUUCGCGACGGACAUGGCACUGAUGUCCAUGGUUCUCCUAAAACUCAACAAGAAGAUGGACACUUCUGAAGCCAAGAUUAAAUCGACACAAGCGAAGAUACCUUUCGGAUUGUACACAAGUCCUGAAUUCAAAUGCCUUGGAACAUCCUACUACGUUGCGUCUGCGCAUAAUCAAGAGGAUGUUCAAAUGAUUUUGUCAAGCGAAAGAAAACCUCACUGCUAUACUUUUAGAGGAGCGUUCGCGUUUUCCGGUUUCUACCAUCGGCAUUCGGAAACCACGUACGUCGGGCCUCAUGCUGAGCAGUUCCAGGCGAAGGAUCCGAGCCAGGGUCUCUACUGCCAUUCAGAUGACAACUGGAGCGACGCGCAAUGUAUCUACAAGAUAAACCCCAGAGAGGAGUUCCCGGAAUCGGUAGAAUAUGAGCCCAAGGUCUCAUACUGGUGUGGUCCAUACCGCUACUUCAUACCAGCUACUACGGACAUCAGAUGCAUUUUCUCCAUAUUUUCUAUGAAUUUUAUCUUGAGGUUCGGAUAUGACGGCGUGACGUAUAAAAGUUCGGACUUGUCUUUCAUGUACCAAAACGGCCAGAUGUUUUACACGGACGAGCCCUGGGCGGGCAUGUCAUGUUGGAACUGGGCUUGCAAAUGGAGGCACAAUCAGAACCAGCGAUCUAAUGAAUUCUUCGUUAAUUAA